AUGGUGCCUAACAUCGAUGGUGAUGAUAAUGAUGAUGAUAAUAAUGAUGAUGAUGUCGUCAUCGUGACCAGUGCCAGCGGGCUGCGCGACGUGCACCUGCAGUCGCCGCUGGCCGUGAAGGCCGGCAGCACGGUGACGCUGCGCUGCACCUACGACCUGGAGCACGACAGCCUGUACACCGUCAAGUGGUACAAGGGCCGCUCCGAGUUCUUCCGCUACACGCCCAAGGAGCUGCCCAACACGCAGGUCUUCCCGCUCAACGGCAUCAGCGUGGAUGUGCACAACUCGAACAGCAACCAGGUGGUGCUCAACAACGCGCAGGUGCCCAUCACCGGGAAGUACCGCUGCGAGGUGUCCGCCGACGCGCCUUCCUUCCAGACGCUGAUGGCCUCCAGUACGCUGCGUGUCGUGGAACCGCCGUCGUCGCACCCGUCGAUGCAAGUGGACAAGCUGCGGUACUCGGCGUCAGACCGCCUGCGCGCCAACUGCUCCGUGCCGACGUCGCUGCCGCCCGCCAACGUCACUUGGACUGUCAACGGCGUCCCGGUGAUGCCGCACACUAUGACCAACGCGCCCUUCAACUGCACCGGCUCGGGCCUGAGCAAGCGCUGCGAGGUGCUGUCGCUGCUGGACACGGAGCUGCAGGGGGCGUCCUUCCACCUCGGCACGCUGCGCGUCGAGUGCUCGGCGCGCGUCUGGUCCCUGUACUACGGCGCCGUGCACCGCGACGUGGUGGAGGAGAAGCCCCGCCUCGGCGCCUCCGUCCUCGGCAACCGCGAGUCCGCCGGUUUUGCUCCACGCUUCCAGUGUCCUUGGGGCCUGCUCCUCGCCGUGGGCUUUCUUCUCUGCCGGGCGCAUCGAAGAUAGCAGUUCAGUUUUGUGCUCUAAGAAACUACGGGAAGAUAUGAUAAGACUGUCCACGGCGAUGUUCGCCUUCAAGAAGUUUGCUCGCCUCUGUCACGGGGGCAGAAACUGCAAGUGUUGUGGUAACGGCUCUGAAAAUUGAGGGCGUCAUAGGUGAAGUUCUAUGCGUCCAUUCGAUAGAAAAUAAUGACACGUCUGGAACGUGAGCAUUCUUUGUAUUAUAUGAGUACCUUCUGCUUAAAAGGAGGCUUGUGUUAAUGUUUGAUUUAAAAGAAAAUUAAGGAAUUGUGUGUGCGAGUUCAAAAGUUGGUCCUGGCAGGUUUCAAACAAACAAUUUAAAAAGAAACAAAACUUUUUGUUGCUCGGCAUUGUGAAAACUUGGAUUUUGAGUGGUAUCAGAUUCAGGCAUGUCUAGUCGUGUAAAAACAGUGCAGCAUAAUUUGAACAACUGUGCUCGCAAGCUACGACUGUGUGCCGUGGUACAUCCUUAAACCAGCACAGUUGGAGCAAAGUUGCUUUUCCUUCAGAAAUUCGGACAGGAACAGGGAUUUCAGCUUAAGUCAGCAUUGAACAGCUUUCAUCAUGAGAAGUUUAUAUAUUUAAGGUUUUCUCCGUCUGCACGCCAUUAUUUUUGUAUUUGUCGAAAAAGCAGAUGUGCGGUGGAGGUUUUGUCAUUAAUCAAUGUACAUAAGUAAGGACUGUGUUAAGUUGUCGUCAUAUUAAAAUUAAGUCGAUAUCACUUAUUUUCUA